CGAUUUGAGAACACUUUGUGGUACAUUGCAGCACGGAUUUUUCUCAUUUACUGCAGAUGUUAAGUGAAAUUGUUGCUUGUAUUAGCACCGAGCACUGCUUCGAUGCAAUGCGUGCUGGACAAUCACAGAGAAGUAGGUUCCGUUCAUCCUAACGCAUGGCAAGGAUGGCCGCGUCUGGUACCGAAAUCGACGAUUUCUUGAACGGGCCUCUAGUUUCGUGGCUAAAAUCAUGUGUACCAAACCCAGAUGUGAUAGCAGAGUAUUCAUCUCUGUUCAAUGGAGACAUUCUGCAUCAAGUAUACCUUCAGAUAGACCCAGAACCAUCAUGUCACAUCACAAAACUAGCCGGGUUAGAAGACCAAGCCCUGAUAUUAGGUAGAGUGAAAAACUUUGAUGCUAUCAUCAAGAAUGUGAAGAGCUUGUAUGAAGAAGAGUUGGGUAUGACACUCCUGGUUGUCCCUGAGUGUAUAUGCUUGGGAAAGUCUCCAGAGUCAAGGGAAGGCCUAGAGACCAUGAAGCUCUUGAUACUUCUUCUCCUUGGUGCAGCAGUGCAAUGCCCCAAUAAGGAACUAUUUAUCACAAGGAUUAAGGAACUUAAUGUUGAUCUACAACACAAUAUAGUGGAGUGCAUCAAACAGGUUACGGACAUGCAAACCGUCGUGCUAACACCAGAUGCUAUCGAUCUUUUCCAAUCGCCGACAAUGUUCAACCACAUGCGAAGGCUGGCCAAAGAACGUGAUCAUUAUUUACAAAAUUGGGCUUCCUUAGUUCUUCACGAAGGUUUGUGCGAGAAUGACAAUGAAAACAAGAAUGGAAAGAAUCGAUCAACGCAGAAUGUUAAUCAAAAUAAUGGCGAUAGUCAACAUCUCGCUGUGGAGCUGGCUGAUUGGAAGGCAAGACUUAGGAAGCAGAGACAAGAGUUGGAGGAGAAAUCUGAACAGCUAUCGGAAUGUCGUGAAGAACUUGAACAUACAAAACUUGUACUGGCGAAGUUACGCUCUGACAGCCAAGAGUGGUUUAACGAAGCUAGAAAAUCUGCCAGCUACAGAGACGAAGUCGAUGCUCUUAGGGAAAAGGCGGAGCGUUGUGACAGGCUAGAGCAAGAAAUCCAACGUUAUCGUGAUCGUCUUGCUGACGCAGAAUAUUAUAAAACAAGAGUCACAGAACUUCGCGAAGAUAACAAAGCCUUAAUGGAAACACGAGAUGCCUUAGAGGAACAAUUGCAACGCGCAAGGAAGCGUGCCGAACAGUGUCUUACUUUAGAAGCAGCUAUGAUCAAAUUAAAGAGAGAGGCAAAUGAUAUUGCAUUGGAAAGAGAUGCAGAUCAACAAAAGAUCCAAGAGCUUAUAGAAGAAAAUAACCAUCUGCAAUACAUCACAAAGUCAGUAUUGAGUGAAAGUAACAAUAGCAAUUUAGAUACUGAUAAUGAAGGAGAGAGUACUUUAGAAUCUGGCGAGAAUAGUUUAUCUGAACAAUUGACAAGUAAUGCUCAAGCAAGAGCUCUCAAACUAGAACUAGAAAAUAAAAGACUUUUGUCUACUAUAGAUAGCCUACGAGAACAGACUUUAUUGGAAAGUAGUGACAAAGUACUUGAAUUGGAAAAAGAAAAGAAAAGACUAACUCUAAAAUGUGAGCAGCUUCAAGAAAAUUGUAACAGGGUUAUGCAACAAAAUUCGGAGUUGGAAGAAGUUUUCCGAAAUGCUCUAGAGGAAAAUAGGAAGCUACAAGAUUCUUUUGAUAGUCAAAAGACGUUUAUAGAUCGUCAAGCGAUUGAUAGAGAUUCAGAAAAAAACAAAUUACAGGAUUUCGAAAAACAUCUAGAAUCUAUUACCAAAGAUAAACAGAGAAUACAAAUGUUAUGUGAUUCUAUUCAAAGAAGAGCAGAUGAAUUGGAAAAAUCGUUAGAUGCUAGAACUAAAGAAUUAAACAUCUUAAAGCCUGAAGCUGACAAGGUUACUGGUCUUAUCAUUCAAACAGAGGAAUUAAAAACAAAAUUAACAUACAGUGAACGGGAUACUCACAACUUGCAGAGAGAAGUUAAUAAAUUGAGAGAGGCAGUUGAAGAAAAAGAUGUUAGUCUAGACAAACUAACAACUGAAAUUGAACUCAAGAAAAAGGAACUAGAGAGGUUAUCACGAGAACUUGAAAUAAACCACAUAAUGUCAAGUAAACUCCAAGAUUUGGAACAAAAGACUCAAGAACUAAAAUCUCAGAAAAAAGUUGAUUCUGAAACUAUUCAAACUUUGCAGAAAGACCUUAUUACAGAAAAGGUUAAUUUUGAUAAAAUAAGAAAUUGUAUGGAUAAACUGGGCAUCAAUGCAUCGGAAAUAUUAAGUAGGGACAUAAAUAUUGAAGAUUUAUUAGAAAAAGUGAUAACCAAUGUUGAUCAUGAGGCAUUGAUCUCUGAAAUUGCAGCUAAAGCUAACCUGAUGAAAUUAGUUCCUUGUGACUGCCAACACGAUACUGAUAACUUGGUUAGUGACGAUAGUAUAGUGAAUCCUCAAAUUGAACAGCUUACUUCAGAUCUCGCAGCAUUGCAAGCCUCCCUAGAGAACAGUCAAGCAGAAAAUGCGAAACUCCAAGUCAAUAUAGCAACUUUGAAUUCCCAAAAUGGGUCCUUGAUAUCUCAACAAAUGACAUUACAACUUGCUAACAGCCAACUUGCUGCUGAAAAAGAAGAAAUAAUAAAACAGCUUGAAGUGUUAAAAGAUAAACAAGACAAUCUUCUAAGAGACCAAGUUGCACUGCAAACACUUCAUGAACAACUGACUACUGAAUAUGAAACAUUGCUCAGCGAGAGAGAGCCUGUGAAGAUCACUGUCAGAGAUUUGAAACUUGAAAAUCGUGAACUAAAAGAAAAGCUAACCCACUUUGAAAAGAAAGUAUCCGACUUUGAAGUAGAAAGAGAAAAUUUGAAAAUUGAAUCCAGAAAUCUCGUCAAUCUACGAGCUGAGCACUCCAAGCUAAAGGAUGAUUUUAGGAACCUAUUUACAGCAAGCGAUCGUCUCAAGAAUGAAUAUAGGAAUAUGCAAGAGGAAUACAGAAACCUGAGAAGUGAAGUUACACAACUUAAAUUAAGGAAUACAGAGAUUUCUGGUGAAAUCAACACAAAAAUCGAAAUCAUUACUAGCAUGGAGUUAGAAAUUAACAAAACUAACCAACAUUGCGAAAUGUUAAUACAAAUGAAUAAGAGUCUUGAUGCAGACAGGCGUUCUUUGAUGGAUCAUGUAUCACAACUAUUGACUCAGUACCAUGAAUUACUGGCUCAUUCUUUAAAAGACAAACAACACUAUCAUGAGGAAGAAAAAAUGUUUGCAGACAAAGUAAAUGCUCUAUGUCGUCAAAAAGAAAAACUAGAAGAGAAAAUUAUGGAACAUUAUAAAAAGUUAGAUAAUUGCACGACAAAAAGACGUGGUUUUGGAGCAUCGUUUGUGAAGAGGGUUCGUAAAGCUGGAACCGAUUUGAUAAAUAAAGUACCGACCAGAAAUAAUAAACGAAUAGAAGACGCCAGUCGAUCUAAAUCGCAACUUACACUAGCUGGCUCAGAAUCUGGGGAAUCAGAUCCAGGUAGCCAAGAAUUAGAAAAAAUAUCUAAAAAUUCUGACCCAGAUCAGGGUUCGUCUAACCCAAGUGGGGAAUCGCCACGACACAGUAUAGACUCCAGUUUUACACGGAGAUUUGAUGAUAAACUCCUAAAAAAAUCCGAUAAUAUCGAUGUGAGUGGUUCAAUACCCAGCCUCGAUUCAUCUAGGCUGACAAGUGAAAGUAACUUUGUACGGAGACUUUCUGGAACAUCCAUACACAGCGGCGGAGGAGAUGACGCGCUUAUAAGAGCAUCAUUGAGAAGGAGACCGCAUAAAGCUGUGCCUCCAUCACACAGGAAUAGUUUUCAAGGUUUAGAAGGAGACACGGGUUUGCCACCAGCAUCAACUCCAACGCCGUUCGGUACAGCCGGCACUCGGCGCACGGUGUACGUAGCUGACGACGAUCCCAGUGCCAACCUCAAUACUAAGCCUCAGAGUACGCCCAUCAAAGAAAAUCCAACCUAUUUGGUAUACAAUCGAAUAUCCACCGUCAUCGGUGAUGGGGCGUGUCAAAGUAUGAAUGAUAGACCAACUGCAGAUAAUCAUCGAUCCAUGUCGGAUCAAACUAGAACUACAGUUGAAGAAAGCUUGCCCGAUAGAGAUGACUUGCGAAAUGACAGGAGGUCGUUAAAUCGAAACGAAAAAACUGACAACUCAAAGGAAUCAGCAAUUUGGUAUGAGUAUGGUUGUGUCUAAGAUUUUUUUAUGUCUAUUGACUAUAAUGAUGAAUGAGGAAUGUAAACAGACUGAUGAGAUGCCUUGUAUAUGAAUUUACGAUGUUCGAGACGAUUGCGUGGUUGGAAUAUUCAAGCAUAUUUUCUUAUCAAAAAUUGGCAAUGACUUCAAGUUGCUGUAAAUGUAUCUUUUAUAUUAUUGUUAAAACAGUAUUACUUGGCAUUUAAUUUUUUGAUAUUGUGACAGUAAAUUUUCUUUUAAGCUUUAAUAAACAAGAUGGAAUCUUGGUGUGUCAUGAAUACCAGUGAAUGUUUUAUGGUAUGGUAUGGUACGUAAAUCAUUUGUAAAGCUGUUAUACAUAUAUAAUGAGCAAUUAAGUAAAUAAGUUCUUAGUAGUAAAUAAGUUUCAAUUAAUUCACUAACUUUUUGAGGCAGCUACUUUAAUGGAAAAAUUAAGUACAAAAUUAAUUCUGACAAAUGCAUUUCCAGUUACUUUUCCAUGCCGAUUGUAUCAAAUAGUAAAAAUAUAGUUAGUAACUAUACCAACAGUAAUUAUGGGGUUUAUUGCUAUGCAUUACUUUUGGAACAAAAAUAUACUGACUUAGGAACGUUUGCAUUAUGGAAUAGAUAAUUUUCAUUGCUGCAGCAGACUGUAAAUUGCGAGUUAGCUUAGAUUCAAACCGCGUUGUCCAGCAUUUUCAGAAUGUUAGACAAUUGUUGCAUUGAAUAUGCCAACAGGUUUUAAACUGCCAGCUCCAUAGUAGUAAAAGACGCGACAGGCGUUUAGAUCUUUAGGGACACAAUGUAAUCAUUCCAGUUCCAUCAGAUAACGCUAACAAAAUAUAUUAUUAUGAAGCUCUUUUAUUAUCAAUUAAUUUUACAGGACCAAAUAUUUUAUUUACCAUAGUAUUUGAGAAUAAUACUCGAGGACAUUUUGAGGCUAUACGUAUUUUAUCAAAUAUUUAAUGUUUGUAAAUAUAUUUUUUAUCAUUAUUUGAUCGGCAGUUUGUGAUGUUUCUUUAUAGGUAACUACUUCCUUGCCAGUGAUUCUGUGACUACUGAUAUUAUAUCAUUUUCGUUUCUCAGUUUAUGUAAUUAUAAUUUAAUUUUAACUGUGUAUAAGCAUAAUAUAGCUACAGCACAUAAGUAAUAUGUACAAAUAUGUUUUCUUUUUAUUAUGUGUAUGUUCUUAUAGUAAGUUUUAAUGAAUUUAAUGUUCUCUUUUUACAUUUGUAAUAACUCCACUUACCUAUUAUUACUUUUAGCAAUAGAUUAUUACAAUUAUGUUUGUAGCUUUUCAUCACAUAUUUUGGUCUAGUACAAAUAAAAAUAAAACAGAUCUAGAUUAAGUUAUGUUUAUUUGUAAUGUCUACUUAAGCAUACAGUAAUUCAAGUCAGGUAAGUCUCAUCUUACCUAAGAUUAAGAAUAUCCCACAAAAAUGAUAAAAAAUAAUGGUAUUGUCUACUGACGAAUUAACUAUUUGAAUCUGUGUGAUUUCACACAAAAAUCUUCAGUUUUUUUGUUGCAACUAGUACACCAAGUACAUAAUUGUUGUUAUAAGAAUUUUUAUAACGCCCUUAUUUGCCCAUAAUUUGUUUUUCAUUUUCUGGGCCUCUAAUAGUUAAAAUAUUUUUAAUUGGUACUACACAUGGUGCUGUUCGUCAUUGCAUUGUUGAUAUUGCGAACAUUACGGAAAUUUGUUUAUAAUAUGUAGGUAAUGUAAAUCAAAAGUGACUUAGAUUGGCUCUCUGAUUUUAGUAAGAAGUGAGUUUCUCUCCAAUCUUUCUGCAAGUAUGUAUUUAUGUAUCUUGAAUUGAAGCACAAAAUAAACAGGAUUCAAUGUUUGUAUACGUUCUUUUAUCCAUUUUUUUUUUAUAAUUUAGUAAAUCAGUUAUUUGUAAUAUAAUUACUGUAGGUACUUAAUAAAUGCCUCUCACCGAAUUUAUAUUUUAGCACACACCUUACUUCUCGAAUACAGUUCUUUAAUUAAUA